UAUUUGCACCAGAGAAUUCGACUCACCUAGAAUCAAGCGCACUCCGUUAAUCAAAUUCCAAUCAUGACCGACAAAUCGCAAUUCGAUCAAGGAUAUGAGGUCCCUGUUCAACACCAGAAGGCUCCUGGACUUGAGUCAAAACUUGACCCCAAGCCGCAAUAUGAUCAGAUCCCUACUCCUGAAGGAGGUUACCAGCUGUACAAGGCUGCCGGCAAACUCGAAGGCAAGAAGGCUUUGAUCACGGGUGGUGACUCCGGAAUUGGUCGCUCCAUUGCUAUUCUCUAUGCCAUGGAGGGAGCGGAUAGUUUCAUUGCUUAUCUACCCGAAGAAGAAGAGGAUGCACAAGAGACGAAGAAGCUAGUCGAACAGAAAGGCAGGAAAUGCUACCUGCAUGCAACUGACUUGCGUGACCGCGCCAACUGCAAAAAGCUCGUCGAGAAAGCCGUCAGCGACUUGGGCGGAAUCGAUAUUUUGGUCAACAAUCACGCCUACCAAAUGAUGGUUGAGGAUAUUCAAGACCUCGAUGAAGAGCAAUGGCUUAAGACAUUCGACACCAACAUUCACCCCUUCUUUUAUCUCUCCAAGUACACCAUCCCUCAUUUAAAGAAGGGAAGCGCCAUCAUCAACAAUGCCUCUAUCAAUGCCUACAUCGGCCGACCGGAUUUGCUUGACUAUACUUCAACAAAGGGUGCCAUCGUCGCCUUCACUCGCGGUCUUUCCAACCAAUAUGUCAGCAAAGGCAUCCGCGUGAACGCUGUUGCUCCUGGUCCUGUUUGGACCCCUCUUAUCCCCAGCACCAUGACAGAUGAAGCUAUCAAGCAAUUCACUAGUCCAAUGGGACGACCAUCGCAGCCCAGCGAGAUUGCAACCUGCUUCGUCUUCCUUGCUAGCGCUGAUAGCAGCUCGAUCAGUGGCCAGACAAUCCACGCCAAUGGAGGUGUGGUCGUUAACGGCUAGACAGUGGCUAUUCUGUAAGAUGCUACGGUCCUGACGAAUACACUGUGGUAUUGGGGACAUUCACAAGGCAUUUAAACUCAUGUAAUCUCCUACAUUUAAUGAACAAUUGAUGCAUAUAAUUCAUUACUAAUUUCAUUAUGGUCAUCUCUG